CCCAGUGUCUAUAUAUAGUUAAAACACUUGAGGCACUGAAAUCCACCGAGGAGUCAUAGCCGGAAAAAAUCCCCAGAGGGGCCCGCAAAACAUGGGAGCAGAAGCCAUCUUGUUCACCACCACCACCAACUCCAACAGCGGCGAGGCUCCUCUGGUCCUCGGACUUCAAGCCGCCGCCCUCGUCGACCACGUGGCACGCGUGGACUGGUCCUUGCUCGACCAACUCCCCGGCGAGCGCGGUGGCUCCAUCCCAGUUCAAUUUGAAGAGCUUGAGCAUAUAUUGAGAGAGGUGAAGACCCAUGUUAUAUCAUCCCCUGAUGAAUCUUUGGAUUCUUUGCCAAUGAAAACCAUGGCGGGUGGGAGUGUGGCCAAUACUAUUAGAGGGUUGAGUGCAGGGUUUGGAAUCUCUAGUGGGAUUAUUGGUGCAUGUGGGGAUGAUGAGCAAGGGCGGCUGUUUGUUAGUAACAUGAGCUCUCAUGCUGUGAACCUUGAGAGGUUGAGGAUGAAGAAGGGACAUACAGCUCAGUGUGUUUGCUUGGUUGAUGCGUCUGGUAAUCGGACAAUGCGUCCAUGUCUCUCUAGUGCUGUGAAACUUCAUCCAAAGGAGGAUGGCUUAACAAGAGCGGAUUUUAAAGGAUGUAAGUGGUUGCUGCUGAGGUAUGGCAUAAUUUACAUAGAAGUGAUCCAGGCAGCUAUACAGGUUGCCAAGCAAGAGGGUCUACUUGUAUCAUUGGAUUUGGCCAGCUUUGAGAUGGUUCGCAACUAUAAAUCACCUCUUCUUCAGUUGCUGGAGUCAGGUAAUAUAGACCUCUGCUUUGCUAAUGAAGAUGAAGCAACAGAGCUGAUAAGAGGUUGUAAUGGUGAACAAGAUGCUGACCCCGAGGCUGCACUCGAAUAUUUGGGGAAACACUGCCAGUGGGCAGUGGUGACAUUAGGCAGUAAUGGAUGCAUCGCAAAGCACGGAAAAGAGAUUGCGAGGGUUCCAGCCAUUGGGACAGCCAAUGCAGUAGAUGCCACAGGAGCAGGCGACUUGUUUGCCGGUGGGUUUUUGUACGGAUUGGUGAAGGGAUUGUCUCUAGAGGAAUGCUGCAAAGUUGGCUCAUGCAGUGGGGGAACUGUUAUUCGUUCUCUUGGCGGUGAGGUGCCACCUGAGAAUUGGCAAUGGAUGUACAAGCAAAUGCAGAUCAAAGGCCUCCCUCUUCCGGACAUCCAACUAUAAAUCUUUUUUAAAGGAAAUUGUUUUUGAGACCACGGUUGCUAGAAAUAUCAUAUCAAAGCAUUUCGGGGACUGGUUCAACAGAUUCUAGACCAGGCUCCGGCAGAUUUAUAGUUGGGAGGCACUGUGAUUCUCGGAAUAGCUUCCCUUUUUAUUGUAUGCUGCAAUUCUGUUUGUUUUACAAGUAUUGGUUAAUGCAAAAUUCUAAUUAUUCUCA